UUUAGAUAUAUACAGUACAACAUGUAGAUAAAAAUACAGUUAUAUGUUAUACAGGGACAGCAGAUGCUCAGCCACUCAGUUCAGUUAUCAUCUGAUUCAUUGAUAAUUUGAUAUAUUUAUUAAAUUGUAGUCUGCUUGAGUUCUGUUUUGGGAUUUUCUGCUGUUCAUAAUGUUGUCUUAUUUGCAUUCAAAUAUAUUUAAAGAAAAAUAACUUAUGAUGCUGCAUGUAGGUUUCAAGAUUACAGAAUCCUACAAACUCAUUUGCUAUGGUUUUGUAACUCAUCUAUAUCUACAACUGUAUUUCAAUCCGUAGUUCAAUUAUAGAAUUCAAUGGUAUGGUUUAUUCAAAUUACUGCCAUGAUUCUUUCAGCUACAAAUUUAAGGUGUUGAUUAUCUGGUAUCAAACUUUUCACCUUUGCUUUAUCCGUGAAGAUGGAAAUGGAGACAAGAUGUAUCAGCCCGACACAAUUUCAGGGCCAGCCAUGGUCAGCAUGGACCGACAAAACAGGUCGGCUGAGUCCCGAAGUGAAAGAAGAAGAUUUGGAGUUGGAGAAAAUUUCAAAACAAAGCUCUGUGAUGCGAUUAUCAAAAUCAGAUAUGGGAUUGUUCGGUCUCUGUUUCCCCAGAAAGUCUUUCACUCUUGUGGUUUGCAAACAAUGCUCGGCUGUAAUCAACAAACAAGGGCUGAGGAAUCAUAUGGAACUACGGCAUUCAGGCACAACAGUAAUCGAUGCCAGGUUCCCGGUUAUCCAGCCUAUUCAGCCAGUGGCCAAGAAAAAGUCAAAGUUGAAAGUGAUGAAGCCACUGCUGAAGAACGCCAAAUCCAAGAAACCGUUCCCUGUCAUUCUAGCGGAGGCAGAUAGCACAACCAACUCAGUGCUUUUGGCUGAAGCGGACAGUACUACAACUAAGGCUGUGGUCAAUGGCGAAUCAAACCUGGCUGCUGCUGCUGUUGCUGUUGCUACUUCUGCUGCUGCCGCCGCUGCUGUCACUGAACCAAAAGUCCUAGUUCCAAUUACAGCUGUUCCUACCACUCCUCAACUUCUGCCUCCUCCUCUCCCACCUCCUGCGUCUCCUGCCACUACAUUCCUUCCCACUACUCCUCCCCCUCCCCCUCCCCCUCCUGCUCCUGCUCCUCCGGCUCUCCCUACUCCCAUUCCCACUCCUCCUCCUCCAACACCUCCUCAAACACUUCAGCCAAUUUUGGUGCAAUUGAAAUCGGGCGUAGUCAGUGCUGCCACCAUACAGGUUUCGAUACCACCCAUUGUUUAUGGAGAGGAUGGAGCAGAGGUGCCUAUUGUUGAAGUGGUUACAACUCCUAUACCAACCGCCACAAUCCCCGCAGUCGCCAAAUCGCCUUCUUUCAUCCCGCCAAUCCCGCAGACCAAUGAUAAGAUAACGGCAUCCAAAUCUCGCCAGAAUCUCCGCAAAAUGAAAGGAAAAGUAUUUGAUGUUGAUAAACAUUGCGGAGUUUUCACAGAAGAUUUAAAGCAUUGUACGAGAUCUUUGACCUGUCGAAGACAUUCAGCUUUGUUGAAGAGAAUGAUAGAAGGCAGGAGCAAAUCAUUCGAUCAACUGUUGGCAGAUCAUAAAGCAGCUAAAGAUGUGCUUAACAAACAGAAGAAAACUGGCGAAGUCAUCAACAAUAAUACAAUUGCCAACAGCCUUCAUCCUGUCACCAUUUCCACUCCGAUUGUUCAUGCCCCACCACUGAUUGUAAACGAGAACACCAAUACAUCACACACUAUCACACAAGCGCCUCCGGAAGCAGCAAUACGAUUCCCAAUUCUAAUAGUCAAUCAGACGGAAAAAAUGGUUGUUAUCCCAGAAGCUCCAGUGCCUGUUGUUCCUCAGUUUGUGAAUCCAAAGACAACUUUCAUCAGUACUACUCCCGAAGAAUCCGAGGACAGCAUCCCUAACUCCAUCAUUACCGAUGGAGAACUCACAUACUCCAGAUCUCCUGCGAAACCACUUGCAGUUGGACUUUACUCUGCGCUAAAGCUAGGAGGCCUCUAUUACACUAAUCGGAAACUACAGAUGGCCAGGCAAUGCUUAGAAAGACUGGAUAAUAUCGAGAAUUUGUACUAACAGAAAUGCGCCCGGUCAUACAUAUGACUAGAGUCUUGCCUGUCUGUUUUCUCCACAUAUUUGUUGUCAUUAAUCAGCCGGUGCAGACCACAUCGAUUCUUACUUGUCGAACAUCUUUAUCAUCUUUACAUUGGAUGCAAAGUGCCAAUGGUGGAUAAUGCCAACAUUGGAGGCGUAUACUUAGAACUACCAGCAACCAUCAAAUUUCACUACGUGCAUCAUACAUACACCACAUCAAAUAAUUUUCCCAUUCAAGAGAAGGAUUUCAGUAGUUGGAAUGACUGAUGAGGAUUGAACAAUGUACGAAUGAAGUACCGGAACUCAUAAUGCAUGAUAGUUAUUGAUAAGCUACUUUUGAUCACGUUGAUAUUAUUUCUCGGGUAUACUAAAAUUGAAAUGAUUCUGUCGCAAUGACAACAUUGAUUAACUACGUUAUUGUUUUAUUUGGAUGACGUUUUAUGGUUGAUAAAAUGUGCAAAGUGUUGACACCUGUCCUAAAGAAGUCUUUAUAAAUUUUAAUUUGCGAAUGUAGAAUGAUACUAGACUCGUAGAGGGGUCUAGAUAGGUCACGACAUGAACACUCCAGUGAUUGUCUUCAUUUGGACUGACUGAUUUCAUGACCUGACCCAAACGUUCCUGGAUACUAGAAUCUUUGUUGAGUAACCUUAAGAGGGUUUGAAUCCCUAUUGUCAUAAGAAUUAGUCCCGGGUAUCAAUUUAUUCUAACUAUUUAUAUUUGUAUUAACAUUUUGUGGUCUGCCUGGCCCAAUGUAUCUUUUUUUAUCACAACUUUUCAAGAGUUUUUAAUCGAAAUUUUAUCAAUUACGCUUUCUAAUAUUAAAAACGUUUUGCCUCUACUCUAAUUUUGACUUGUAUAGGCUCUUCCGACAUGUCUUGAAGGUUCCAAGACUCCUAUCAUCGUUGUUAAGAAGUUUCAAUUGAUUUAAAAUGGAAUCCAUGGAUUCCGGGAUUUAAAGUGACCUGGUUAGCUCAGGUUUGGUGACUAGUUUUUAAUAAAAAAUUUAAUUAAGGUUCAAAUGAAGUAUAAAAUAUAAAUUGGAUCAUAGUCGUAGAAUAGUCAUUGGUCUUAGUUAUUAGAGCUAAAGCACUGUGAGAGUUUGUCAUCUAUAUUACCACGUAGAAAGUAUUUCAAUUUUUCUAUUAUUUCCAAUACUAAAAUUUUGUCUCAUGCUUUACUUACUAAAGUACACGAAUUCUGGUCUCAUUCAUUGAUUAUCAGAAUUCACUUCUUACAUAAUUUCAUGUUUAGGGAUAGGAUUCUAAAAGGCUGUUUGUUAGUAUAGACUAAACUGAUUCUUAACCUGAAGCCUCUCUCAAAUUAAGUCAUUUAAAGGAAACUACACCUACUGAAAUUCUCUUUAUACUGAUUUUAAAAUUUCCAUGAAAAUCAGUUGGUGAAUUUGAACGGUAUGGAAAGAUAGGAUAGGUCGAUAGAAUACAAUAAAAAUAUAGGUCGAUGUAAUUACGAUAAAAAGAAAAUUAUUUGUAUUGUCUGUGAAGUCAUACUUCCCAAUUAAUUUGCGCACUACUGGGCAGAGAGAGACUACCAUUGGUUUUUCGGAAGUGUUCACACAUUCUAAUUGCACCGAUGUGUGAACUCUGCCAUAAGAACCAAUGGUACUCUAUUUCUACUUAGCAGAACAGAAAUUUAUUGAAAAAUAAGGGUUUUCGCUCACCUAUUGUCCUAUUCUUCCUACGAUAUAUCUUCUUCCUCUCAUAGCACUAGAGUUACUGGCUAAAUCUUGGCUUUCCCAUUACAUUAUUUAAUACAUUUUCCCUUUCAUCUCUCACUGCCACUUUUUGUAGCCAUCGUCUGACUGGCAUUGCUGUCCAAGAAUAGUGUAUAGAAUAGUGUAUUGCAUCCUUGAUUGCUGUCAGGUGCGUCUCCAUCCCAUCUUCAAGCAAUCUAGUUUUUAUUUUUUAUUUUUUCAUCGUAUAAAUGUUUAUAUUCUUUUCUACAUCCUUAUCCAUUCUCUUAUUUAUUUCUGUUAUUGUUCCAGUUAUGCUUUCAUUUUUAACCUUGUUUUAUUUUUCUUAUUAUUUUUUUGUUGUUCUUGUUUUUAUUUUAAAAUUUUCUUCUUGAAAUUCUACGAAAUCCCAUGAAAUUUAUAUAAAAAACGGCAUUUUUAAACUAAAAAAACAAUUUUAAUUAUAUAUAUAUAUAUAUAUAUAUAUAUAUAUAUAUAUAUAUAUAUAUAUACUGUAUAUAUUUAAUAAUAAUAUCUCUUAUGCAGUAAGUCCAAUGUUGCUUUGAUGUACCACCUAUUUUAUUAUUGUUUUAUUAAUUCAUCAACGUAUUUACUUGUCAAUCUAUCAAACAGAAUCAUACUAACUCAUUAAUCAAUAUAAUAUAUUUUCAACAGAAAUAUAUUAUGCGGAACAACAGAUUCUGUCAACCAUUUUUCCUAAUCUACCAUAUCCACAAUCCAAAAUGAGUAAUAGAAAAACUACCAAAAAUAAAUACAAAAAAUGAAGAUAUUAAAAACUAUUCAUAUUGAUGUACUAUAAUAUGAUACUAUUAAUAUAAAACUUCAUACUAUAACUUAAAGCACACUAGCCUCAAUAUUCACUCAAUAUGUAGAAACAAUUUAUCUUAAUUCAAAUAUCUAGUUUGGGAUAAGUUCAGAAAUAAAUAUAAAAUGACGGAAGUAAUACUUGUAUCACUAUUGAGGCAGUGAAUAGGUGCUCUCUAAUUCGUGCAUUCAUUUCCUAACCUAAUCACCUACUUUUCUUUUAACUUUACUGUUUCAAAAAAUGUACUCUCAAUUAUUGAAAAAACUGCGCAUUUCUUCCACCAACUCCACCUGCCUGUUCCCACGUUCGUUUCCCAAAUCUGAAUUCAUUUUUCCUGUGCAAUUUUAUCACCUUAUACCCAUUUUCAACAUUCCAUGUUCCAAAUCAUGCCAUUUUUGCAAAUGACUAGCCUGUUUUACGUUUUCGUCUCUGUUAUCCUGUUUCGAGGCUGAGGCACUAGCCCAUAGCCGAAAAUGCCUUUCAGCCUAUGUAUGUAGAUAAUAUGUAUGUGGCCUGUAGGGAACACACAUUACUUAGCUAUAAUAAUAGUAAGUUUUAUUACCAAAAUAAGUUGCUUAUUUUUAAAGCAAUUUAACAUACCUAAAAUAACUAUUUGUACUAUCAAGAAUCAGAUUGUUGUAUUCAUUCAGUGUAUGAAUUGAAGAUAACAAUCUUGCAAACCUUUUACAUGUGUUAAUUAUUGUAACUAUUCUAAGCAUAAUAGAAGAAGUUCUAAAAUAAAAUUAGAUUUAUUCUUAUAAGCAAUAUUAACAAAUUUAAACAUUUGGAAUAGACUUUAUUAUUCUCAGGAUUUGUAUUUGCUAGUUAUUUAUUAUGCUAUUAAGUUGGAUCCCAACUGUUAUUCUGUAUUGUUACUAUAAAAAAUGUAGAAUACCUAGAUAUAAAUGUUUUUCCAAUACACAUGAGACUGAGUAAAUAAGCGAAUAAUUGUGUUACUCUGAUGUACAAUUCUAAAUUUUUAAUUCCUGUAAUAAUUCAGCAAUAUCCAUCUAUCCAGUCUCCUACAUGUGAAUCAAUAGAUUAUCACUUAUUGAUUGUCGUUAGCAAUUAUUUGAUAAUCGUAUCAGUGCCUGAUGGAAGUAAUUUCUAAAUGACACUAAAGUAAGGAUUUUGUAAUCUGUUGAACAUUUUUCCAAUUCUUAUUUACAUAUUGAAUAUUGAAUGGUGGUGGUUCAUGAAUGUGUUCUCCUUGCUUCUUGAUUUAAUGAACUCACGAGUGCUUAUGUGAUGAAUGAUCGUCGCAUCUCGGUUUGUAAGCUAUGUGCUCUAUUUAUCGAAUGAAAAGUAAGUUUUAUUGAGUAAUUUAUAACGUGUAUAUUGCAAUAUUAGAAAUAAAUAUCUACAAUUUAGACCUUGAGUAAAAAUCGCAAAUAAAUAAUCUUGUAGUCAUGAGAUGAUGCAUGUAAGUCAUGAUUAUUAACUUGGAUAUCGGAAAACACCAGAUGUAUGAGUAGAAUAUCAGAAAGUUCAACUUGAACCUUAUUUCUCAUCCACCGAUGCUAGACAGACAUAGUCAUGUAAAUUAUAUUACAGCAUAGUCAUCACUGAUGUCAGCACAUGUCUUGUCUGUCCGGUGUUAGAGGUGAAUUCCCAUAUCCGUAUCAUUGUACGUGUUCAGUAUAGUGAAUGUAUUAUUUCCAUGAGUUCUAAAAGGACUAUUCCCACUCAGCCGGUUCCAGCGAGUAUGAAUAGUCCAUGAAAACUCAUAGGAAUAUGAUACUGAUAUGACAUGUGACAUGAUACUGAUAUGUGGGAUCUGUCUUUUAUUGGUAGCAAUGCAAACGUUCCAAGUUGAUUUAUGCUCUCCUAGGGUCGGUGUUAUAAUGGCUAAUUUUCAUUCUAUGCUUAUAAGACUGAGUAAAUGCACUUAUGUGUGUGUAUCAUUAGUAUAGUACUUUUCUGUCUUAAUUUGACGUAUUGAUGAAUUAUACUCUAAUCUAAAUCUAACCAAAUAUAAAGUGUUAACGGAACAAUUCUUAGUCCUUGUCGGUACAUUAUUCUACUAUUAUUAUUUCAUAAUUAAUUUCUGUGAUUAAACCUAAGUAUAAGAUAUUGUCGUAUACCAGCACAUAUCAUUUCAGUUAGUGAUCAAAUAAUUUUGCUUUGUGUAUGUGUUCAAUGCUAAAACAGGUAUACCGUAGGAAUCAAAUUGUAUCACUUAGGAUUUUGUUAAGCUAUUAAGUAAUGCAUCAAUGAUUAUAAUUAUAAUAUGUAAUAUAUAAAAAAUAAUGUAUACACGUACUUCCUCGAUUAAUCAAUAUGAACAUUGGUUUAUUUAUACACUUGAUACAAUACUGUUGUUGAACUAUUCUAUAUUGUGAUGAUAAAAUGGAACAAAUCUUUCCAAAUGCACAAAUGAUUUCCAAUGAGUAAAAUUCAAGUUCAGGUUUAGGCUCAACUAAUAAUUGAAGAUGAUGCCUCAUCGAGUUUCGUUUUUCAACAUGGUAAUCAUUUGUGGAAGUGACAGUAUCUGUUUCAUUAGUUUAUGUUACUUUGUUUUCCUUUCAAAAAAAUGUUUUUAUAGUCAUAUAACUUUGAUGUGCUUUUUAAUUAUUCAUUAUUAAUUGGUUACUGGCUUUGUGUAUCUAUAAUAAUAAUUGUAAGUGCCUAACACUCACAGUCUUGAGUUCAUAUCCGUAAUUUUAUUAGUAUAAUUCAAUUGAACACCACACUGAUCAUGGCAUUUUGGUGAUUCACUACUGAGGGGGUUCAAUGUGAUUACAAAACUGAUUACACUGGUUUGCUGUUAUUUCAAUCAUUUUAUUUACCUCUUAGAUGAAAAUAUAGCAAAUAAUAGCUCACCAUUCCAAUUAUAAAUAGUAUUCCUCAGUUAUUGAGUUUUUUAAAAAAAAACAUGUAUUAUCAUUGAAAUUAUACUUUUUAUUUUUUCAAAAUGGAAAUCAGUGGUAAAAGUGACAGUCUCUGUUUAUCUGUUUCAUUCGUUUGUCACUUUGUUUUCCUUUUCAAAAAAUAUUUUUUAUAGUCAUAACUUUGAUGUGAUUUUUAAUUAUUUAUUAUUUAUUGGUUUUCAUUUUAGAAUUCAUACGAAAAUCUCUUCUGUUAUCUCCAAUUUGUAAUCAUUAAAAAGAAAUUUUAUCAUGCAAA